CCCGGAGAGCGCGGGCGCGAGCUCGACGUGUCGGCGCAGCGGGCGGUUGCCUAGGCAACGUGUCACCGCCGGGGAAGAGAGCCCGGGCCGGGCAGAGUCGGAAGUGGGGAUGAGGCGGCCCGUGGGGGCAGAAGGACCCGGAGGGGGCGGUCCAGGAGCCUCCGUAGGCGGCGAGGAACUUGGCGGCAGGACCAGCAGCAGAUGUCUUGCAGAUUGGCACCUGUUCAGAAGCUGUCAGUUUGUGUAAUACUGACCUACACAAUGAGGGAUGAAAGGCAUCUUUACGGAUGUCUGUAAGAAUGGCAGCAUUACUACUACGUUAUUUCCGGAUAUAGCAGUUGUAAUACUGGGAAAGAAGACUGAUGACUUAAGCAACUACUAUGACAGACUACUCACUCAUGUAACAGCACAUUCAGGAAAAUUACAAUUUCAACAUUAUUUAGAAUUUGGCUGGGCUGCUAUUACAAAAUGAAUCGCUACACAACAAUGAAGCAACUUGGGGAUGGAACUUAUGGCAGUGUGCUAAUGGGGAAGAGCAAUGAAUCCGGGGAGCUUGUGGCCAUCAAAAAAAUGAAAAGAAAGUUCUACUCUUGGGAUGAAUGUAUGAAUUUGAGGGAAGUCAAGUCUCUGAAAAAACUUAAUCAUGCUAAUGUGAUAAAGCUGAAAGAAGUUAUUCGAGAAAAUGACCACCUUUAUUUUGUCUUCGAAUAUAUGAAGGAAAAUCUCUAUCAGCUAAUGAAAGAUAGAAAUAAAUUGUUCCCGGAGUCUGUCAUCAGGAACAUUAUGUAUCAGAUAUUACAAGGCUUAGCUUUUAUACACAAACAUGGAUUUUUCCACCGAGAUAUGAAACCUGAAAACCUUCUCUGCAUGGGCCCAGAACUUGUUAAAAUAGCUGAUUUUGGACUAGCUAGAGAACUGAGAUCUCAACCUCCAUACACUGAUUAUGUUUCUACUAGAUGGUAUCGUGCACCUGAGGUUUUGUUGAGAUCUUCCGUUUAUAGUUCUCCUAUUGACAUAUGGGCUGUCGGCAGCAUCAUGGCUGAACUGUACACACUAAGGCCACUUUUUCCGGGAACAAGUGAAGUUGAUGAAAUCUUCAAGAUUUGUCAAGUGUUAGGAACACCGAAGAAGAGUGAUUGGCCAGAAGGAUACCAACUUGCUGCGGCAAUGAAUUUCCGUUUCCCUCAGUGUGUUCCCCUGAACCUAAAAACUCUCAUUCCAAAUGCUAGCAAUGAAGCAAUACAAUUUAUGAGUGAUAUGCUGAACUGGGAUCCAAAGAAACGACCUACUGCAAGUCAGGCACUGAAGUAUCCUUACUUCCAAGUGGGACAGGUUUUAGGACCACCUCCACAAUAUCUGGAUCAGAAGCCCUCUCAUCCCAAGUCAUCUCAACCUGCAGAGCUAAAGCCAUGUCUACCCAAGAUAGACACUGUAGCAAAACUAGAACCUGUAUCGAAACCAGAAUCCCAACCUUCAUCAGAUGAACCUGAAACAUUUCCACUGCAGUGUCUGUCAAAGAAUAGCCAACAUCCCCUCCAGGCAAUUCAGCUGCCACAGAAUGCAAACAAUCAGCAACCACCAAAACAGCCACAGCCACAGUCAUUCCUUCCUGCCAUCAAUAAAAACUCAACAUCAAAGCCAGUGGUCACAGGACCCUCAAAUGGUGGAGUGGGCUUGAAAAGCUGUCGGCGUCGAUGGGGUCAGACUAUGUUAAAGACCAUGGAUAGUUGGGAUGAUUUUGAUGAUUCAGAAUUUGGAAUUUCAUAUUCUAAGAAGCCCAGCAUUGCUUUAUUACAUGAAAAGAAAACAAAAGAAUCUCUUUUUAGUGUUUCUGAGUCCAGGUCCCCCAGCUCUGGCCACUCAGGAGGAGAAAACAGGGUUCUGAAGAGAAAUGAUUCUGGAAUAUCAACAACAUCAGCAAAACAGUACUACUUAAAACAGUCAAGAUACCUACCUGGUGUAAACCCCAAGAAUGUUUCCUCAGGAGCAGCUAAUAAAGAAGGUUCCCAUGGUAGCUGGAACAACCCCUUGCUUUCAAAACCAAUAGGAGGUCUGUCUUUUAGUCGAAUCAAUGCAGAAGAAAACUUAAUUAAACCAAUUGAAAAACUGUCAUGCAAAGAAAGAGUGAAUGAAAAAUUAGAGGACCCAAAAGGAAAUCCUGGCUUUGCAGGUGCUGCUUACAAUGGCCCUAUGGGAUACAUUCCUUCUUUCCAUAAAAAAGAGGUUGGUUCAGCUGGUCAAAGGAUACAACUAGCACCUCUUGGUCCGUCAGCCACAGAUCUUCCUGCUAUUUGUGACACAAAAAAAGAAUAUGCAGAAUACGCUUGGAAAACUAAAGCCGUUCGAGCACAGUUACCCGGGCUUGCAUAUAACCCGGCCACAAAAGGCAUGAACAUUUUAACUCGCCCACAGCCAGUACAACCAGUGCAUGGAAGAACGGACUGGGUGGCCAAGUAUGGAGGGCAUCGAUAGAAGUGCCACAAAUGCUUUCUGUGACUGUUCAUAUAAUCUGCUUCACUCUGAGACACUUUAAAACACAUUUCUACUAAUAGAAUAUCAAUUCUGGAAAGAACUGAGAGCCUGUAUUUUAUUACCUCUAGGGAAUAUAUGUGUGUGUAAAAUAAAUACAUUUUACUUAGAAAGCAUUCCUCAAAAUAGUGUCUCUAAGGGUUAGAGUUCUGUUUACAUUAAACAGUAUUCUAUAAAAGAUCUUGCCAAAGCUAAGGACUAUUCGAACUCUUACUACAGUGAUGGUAACUUUGUUAUGCUUUUCUAAAAAAUAUUUUUAAAUAGCAAAAAAUGUAUUAGAUAUUGUAGCUAUUUGGCAGUUACAGUGAUGGAAAGCUAUGGAUGGAUGAAACGUGAAGAAAAUAAUUACUCUUAAACAGUGGCUGCUUCCAAUACAUAUUUUAAAAAUUACUUUAACAAAAGUUUUAAAAAAUGAUACAAAGAUUAUCUUUUACAUAUUCUAGCUAGUAUCAGAGUACCAGAACUGAACUAUAUCUUACUUGGUUUUAUUUUAAAUUGGCAGAUGUUUUUACUAUAUUGCAAAAAGUGAACCCAUAAUUAGUGAAUAAGCGCACUAAAAUAACUAUUUAUAGAGGUGAUUUAUCUCAUUUUGCAAGCAUUUUUAAAGGAUAGCAUGGAAGUGUUUUUGUAGGAUUUAAAACAUGCAGACAUUCCUUUCUGACUUGCAUGCAACUUGUUUCUGAGUCUGGCUGUAAAUUUAGAGUGAGCAGUAAAAAGAUUGAUUUACUCAAUCCCCUGAGCUUUCGUUGACCAGUGUGGCAAUUAAAUGUACUAGAGGUAUGUGAAUAUGAGAUCUGGAAGCUUGGCACAUGUAAGAAACCACUUUUCUGGUGAUCACUUGCAGGUAUGAUCCUACAAUAGGGAGAAAGCAUGUGUUCCCAUAUGGAUUGACAGUUAGCACAAUUGCUGAGCCAGGAAGGAAACAUUUUAAUAUUUAUUACUGAAUAUAACCUUCGAAUAUCUUUACAACUUUUAUGUCCAUCCCACCAUUUUCCAAAAUAGGCUCACUUCCUUUUAUUAAACAGGAAUCAUAUGCCAGAGAACUAAGUCACUGCAUGUGUUUUAUUUAACUAUUUCAGUAGUCAUGGUUUAAUGUAGUGCCUUUCCUUAGUAACCAAACCUGAACUACAGACCUGACUACCAGUUAUAGAAGGAAUUGCUUUAACAUGAUAACAGUUGCCAAUAGAUAUACUUAAAACCUCAUUCUUGUAUACAUUUAAUGUAGCAGUGAGAUCAACCUUUCCUUUUAUGUUUUGGAUGCCAUAGAUUACACAAUGGUCCCAAAGCUUUUCAUUGUAUGAAUAGAUUCAGUGGUACAUAACAACAGUCCUUGUUCUGGCAAUCAGAUUUAUCACUAUGAGCUAGACCGGGGUACUUUUAACAGUUGGGCUUUUACUUUCCAUUAGUUCUAUCAUCAGUAUUGAUGGAAGUUUGAAUUCAACAUCAUAUGGAAGAGCUACAAGUUCCCUAUCACCUGCUCUAAACAAGUUGCUUCUUCAGUUGCUAAAUGUUUUCUUAUUUAACAUGUUCUUUUAAUUCUCACAAUCCCGUGUUUAAAAUAGAAUGUACAGUUGUUUACAGUUGUCAAAUGUUUAAACUAAUGAUUUUUAGGUUAACCAAUAUUUCUACUGCAAAGUAUGUGUUAGUUGAUUCAAGACUUGAAAUAGGUUUCAAGCUGAAGUGAGUGUGAAUGUUUUCCUUAUUUUAAUAGAAUUUGCUGACAUUUUAAAACUACAAUGACACUGAAACCUUGUAAUGGCCAAGCAAUGUUUUUGAACCAUUUUUCUCAUAUACUGUAAUGCAGGCCAGGUUAAUUCCUGUUGGUCUGCAGAGAAUGUUAGUCUCUAUGUGUAAUUGCUGGAGUAUCAAACUAAUAUGCUUCAGACUCUUAAAACUUAGUAGUUAAUUGUUUCACCGAGUUGCUGUCUAUGAAGGUAUCCACUUUGAGGUUUCAUGUGUUAGUAAAAAGCAAAAUACUUGCCUUCACAACCGGACAAAUUUUCAGUUCUAAACUGUUUGUUUUUAUAAUAAAGUUAUCUUCUCAGGAAUACAAAAUUAGAGUGCUCUUCCAUUAGAAAUAUUUCAUUCAUGGGUUUAAUAUUAGGCAAGAGCUACAUGUAGGUUUUUCUGUGCCUAACUUUGUGACUGGUAACUUAGGUGUCAUUCCUCUAUUGAUUUUCCUGUCUAUACUUAUCAGAUACAGAAACACACGCUGUAAUCCCUGUAGAUCAUGGGGUGCUUAAAAAAGAAGGGUGUGGGCAGAUGUCCAUUUGGCUGCUUUGUGUUCUUUGACAUGGGUGUUUCCCCACUUAGAGUGAUUCCACCAUUUUCCACAAAUUAUCCAUGUUGGUUGUAGGAGGAGAUUCUGAAACUACUAUAUCUGUAUUCGUCAUAACUUGAUUUCUGCAGGGAGAGGCAGGUAAUAACAUUUGUUGUUGUUGUUGUUGUUGUUACCAUCAUCAUCAGAACCAGAGCAUAAGGGGAAAAAACCAUUUACUCUUUCAGCCAGGGGUGUAUGUUCAGUGACAUCACCUGGGUCCAUUCCAGUUUUCUUUCUUACCUGUUUUAAAGUCUUCCCAAGAAAUUAUAAAACUUAUUUUCUUGUUGUGUUGCCAGCUAAGCCAGUGGCCUCAAUGCAGUCUUUCAUCAUAUAAUGUAGAGGAGGGAGCAUUGUUUUGCAAUUUUUAUUUUAAAUUAGGAGAACCUGAUCUGGAAAGUGUGGAGCAUUCACGAAAACCUCUGAACAUUAGACAGUCCACCAUAAAUACUUCUGAAUUCUGUUAGUUUAAAGGGAAGUAUAUAUGUGUUUAGUUCCUACUGGAAUCUAGAUUUUUAAAAGUAUUCAUUGAACAAUAUUUUUCUAAAACAUGGGAAAGGGGGAAUAUAAGCUUGUUUGUCUUUAAAUAAAAAGACAAGGGGCUGAAACAUAGAGUUGUCUGCAGAGCAUGCUGCUGAACCAGCAUCAGAUACUUGUAUGUUGGGUUAGGGAGAGGAAAUUGCCUCACAUAAACUAUUAUUUGUUUUAACCUGGGGGUGUAGUUUCCAUGCAAUGAUAAUUUUAUGCUGAGAAACUCUGAAAACCUCUUUGGUGAGACAAAGUAUUUUUUUUAUAUAAAAUGUGGAUGCCACCAAUGUAGCUCUGUGUAUACAACACUUAUAGAACAAUCUUAAGUAUGUCUACUCAAGACCAAGUCUUGAGGCUCAGUGGGGCUUACUCCAAGGUAAAUGGGUCUAGGACUGUGGCUUUUGCAGUUCUAAACAGAAAGAGAACUGCAGUUCUAAAUGGAAUGUGAACUGUAAAAGCUAUAAUCUUAUCAAAAAACUGACUGAGCCAUAUUUAUUGGGCCUAAUGAAGUAUUCUGUUGGUAUAGGUAAAAUACUUUGAAGAUCCAUAAUAUAGUGGGUUGGAUUCAGACAUAUGUUAAAACUCUCAAGUUUAGUUAGAAUGAUUAACUUGGUUCUGUUACUUUCAGUGGACCUACUCUAAAUAUAACUCUGCACAAUCCUGUAUAAAUGCAAAGCAAUUACUAUAUAAUAAAACAUAACUUAUGUAAAGGU